AGUUGGACGAUGGUCCGCUAGCAGMUGAUUGAAAAUAGCGCCUUCAACGAAUGCGGUGCAACAACGAUUCGGUCUUUCGUUCCAUCCUUUCCUGGCGUGCAGGAAUUCUUGGACAAUGGAACUCACUAUUAUUAAUUGUAUGGGAAAGUUUGCAGGUGACGAAAAACAGCUGCUGGUGAUAUUAGUUCGGUCGCUAUUGUGUUCCGCUCAUCCAGUGUGUUGUGUUCCGAAGAGACCGGAAUGGAUGUCAAAAACUCAUUGAUGAGGUGAUCGGUUUUACGUGCUGUACAGUAGAAGAUUUUAACUACCUCCAUAUUUCUAGUACUAGUACUCGCAUUUAUUUUUUUGCAGAACACGUCAAAAAUUCCUGAAAUUGGAGAGUGAUGGGCGUUCUGUAGGGGUAUUAUGUUACUAAGGCGCUCAGGCAGGGAGGGGAGCAACGUACAUUACGGUUCAAGGUAAACGCGUGGUUUCCUUCAAAAACUGAACUAACACUAAAAAUAAUACACAGAAAGAGAAAGAAAACAACAUGUUCUUCGUUCAAACGAUCCUAUUGAAAAUGUCUUUUUUGUCUUCACGGGAAAAGUUUAUUCACGAAUGAGGGGAAAUUGGUCAUUAUUGCUUUAAUUUAAUGAAGGGAAAGUUCCUUGUUUGGUAACGUACGUACCGUAUGUAUGGUAGCGAACCGCAGCAAGUACGUGAAGGAAAAAAAUAUUGACCUGUGCAUACAAUAACUUUGAGUUGAUCACAACUUCAAGGGAGCAUCAUCCCACCAUCAUCCAUAGAGAAAAACUCAACCCUACAAGUGCAAUCCGAAUUUUCACCUCGAAUGCACCAUCUCUCUGCGGCAGGAUAUAAAUCUAUUUUAAAUUUGUUGUUUAUAAUGGAAUGAUUACUACUAGUAGUACUGCUGUAAGUKAUAUUAUUGUGCACUAAUGGGCGGUACUCAUGCAAGUACUAGUAAUACUAGUUCGAUUAUGCUUUGUUUUAUGUUAUUUUUAAAUUAGUCUUACCUUACCGAUCGUCAUCUUCUUCGCAAUUCAGUCACGCCCCCUGCAAACCCGACAUGAACUUUCGUUCGGCGUUUCCCCAGGCCUGUUUCACGUCUUCCGACGGAUCUUGCGGGACUACCUGCGCUCCCUUCUGCAACAAAGAGUGCAUGCAUCCCAUCCGCACGAUGGAGCGAGUGGCGGACUUUCCAUGGACCAUUGCAACCUCCAGGCAUUUCACCAGCGUAUCAGCGGUAAUGUUUAGCUUCGGAACAAUGCCCGCGAUGGCUUGAAACAAGCGCCCGACUGUCUUUUCUUCUACAAUAGCACUGUUGCUCAUCUCCUUGCCGCUGCUGGUAGGCAUUGCAAUGAUGAUAUCAAGCAGGUCAGGAAGCAUUGCUUGUACAGCAUUUGGUGGCAAUAAUGCCUGUUCUAGGACACGACAAAUUAAGGUUCGACCCUUAUCGAGUUUUAAGAUCAGCUUGAGAGCAUCCGUGCUGACAGUGUACACCUUUUUCUCGUUGUCCAGUACAACCCCCAUGCACUUCAUCAAUUUCACCAAGUGAAUCUGGACCUGGGGCGGAAUGCCAUUCUUUGAGGGAGCUGCACGCCAGAUAUCGAUAACGUUUUGGUAUGCCUGGUAUGCCUGAUCCGAAUAGACGCGCGCUUUCCACAGAUUGGCACGCUGCCUUUGUUCUUUGUUUUCUUGAUCUGUAGAUGGUUGUGGGGUUGCAAUCAAGGCGCGUGGGCGUGCCACAUUGGUCUUCGUAAUGUGACCGAGGACGGAUUUUUCGGAUGCCCAUUCUUUUGAUUUGGUCGUUCGACUCGCAACAUCGUGGGUGGCGUCCUUAAUCCUCCUAGGAUUGAUAGGAUCCGAUCCGGGACCACCGACUCGGCUUUUAAUGUAUUGAAUAUAGUAGUCGUUCUCCGAUGUUCCUGCGAGCAGCAGGGGUUUCAUGAUGGCAUGAACCACAUAUGCAAUAUCUCGACCACUCAUGCAGCUGCUCGCAAGAGCAGUAGCUGGAAUGGGGGGUGCCCGGGGGUACGGAUUGCAGUAUGCUUUCGCUGCAAAAGCGGUUGGUUGGUGAAGAACCGGCAUAGGAACCUGGCUAGGGGUUUGCCACGCGGGUCCUGGGGUUGACACAGCAGAACCUACUACAACUCCUGUCACCGGUGCCGCAACAGRGGUACCAAUCGCAGGAGGCAUUUGCAUCGGCAUUUGCACAGGAACUCCCAUCGGUGGCGGGGGGAGAAGUUGUCCUGGUGGAGGCGGCAUGGUCAUUCUCCCUUGCAUUUGUGAGGGAGGCAUCACAGUGCCUUGCGGUGGCAUCAUGUUGGGUGGAUUCAUUUGAGGUGGAGGCAUCACAGCACCCUGUAGCGGCAUCAUGCUAGGUGGCUUGCCUUGAGGGGGUGGUACCACAGUUCCUUGCACUGGCAUCAUCGUAGGUACGUUGCUCGCAGGAAGAGUUGUAGCUUCUUUUGGAAUAUCAUUUGCAGUGGKUGAAGAAGGCUGGGGAUCAACGAUGGGUUCGGUUUUACUCAUCUCGGCCGAGACGGGUACUUUCUGAACCGGGAGUGGCGGUUUGGGGGCUCCCCCUCCAAGACCUGGAGGCGGACCAACCACUUGUUUUUCUUUGACAUCGUAAUCUUCUGCUCCAACCAGCGAAGCCAAACCGGGUGGUGGCGGAGGUGGCCUAGUUUGUUUUCGUGCCGAGUCGGCUGCCAAGAAGUCGUCCUGUAGAGAAAGAGACGUGAAAUUCUGUAGGGAUAGACUCCAUGCAUCUGCUGCGUUGCUGUUUCCCAUCCCCGGCGGAGGCAACGGUACAGCGUUUUUCUCCAGAGGAAGGAUUGGCAGGAUAGAUGACUGCCGUUCCUGCGCGUGUGAAACCACCAGUGACGCUGCAUUUAGGCUUGGCAGACUUUGUUGCUCUACAAGACUGGGUUCCUGGUCUAGAUACGCUAGCUCCUUUUCGAGCUGCUCGAGAGACCAGUCGUUGUCAUCAACCUGCAAAUCGGCGAGGAGAUCCUUCAUUAGACUCCCGCCCAGCGUACCGAAAUAAUCAUCGGCGGAACUAGCCAUCGUGAUAAUUGAUUAAAGUGUCGACUACGAC